UGCUGGGAGCGCACCUUGCAGUGAACGUCAAAUGAGCUGUGAGCAGCAUCUCUUGGACUAAUUCCGUGAAACUGUGUCACUUGACAUCGAUGGAGUCAAAUGUGACUUGAGGCUCUUUUCUGUCAAUCAGGACCCUCUUUGAUACAAUAAUAUCGUGGCACUUGAGACAGCCUGACGAGCGUGUGACAAGGAGACUGCACCACCCAUCGUAGGAUGGGGGAGUUCGCCAGCAGCAGUGGAGGGGGAGGGGGAGCCCUUGACAGAUGGGUGUGUCCCAAUGACCGCCAGCUCGCCCUGCGUGCAAAGCUGGGCACAGGCUGGUCAGUACACACAAACCGUAUGGCUCAGUUCCACAAGAACGACCAGCUGAAUCUGGACGAGCAGGAGCAGAUCAUGCGUGUCAUCAACCGAGCCGAUUAUCUCGAACAAAUCGAACAGGAGAGGAUUGGUCGUCUGGUGGACAAACUGGAUAACAUGAGGAAGAACUGUAUCGGUAAUGGAACAACCCAGUGUGUUCUGUGUGGGGAUGAGUUCGGACUUCUUGGAGCCUCGCCCACCUUCUGUGAUUCAUGUAAAAAGGCGGUGUGUUCCAAGUGUGGGGUGGACACCUGGAGCGGGGGCAAGCAGCAGCUGUGGAUAUGUAAGAUUUGCAGCGAACAGCGUGAGGUGUGGAAGCGUUCCGGUGCUUGGUUCUUCAAGGGCCUACCCAAGUAUGUGAUCCCCGAGAAGAUCAAGUCUGAGGGGAGCAAGUACCAGCGAGGUGGGCGGACGCAGCAGCUGAGGCAGUCCACGAAGGGGCGACCAGGGACACAGUUGCGGGACUCCUACACCUGGCAUCGAGCCAGGGGCAGCUCUAGCACAGACUGUAUUGCAGCCAGCUACGGGGAGAGCAGUGACCAGGAGUCCUCUAGCAGCUCCGAGGACGAGUACAACAUCGCCAAGCCAAAGUCCAAGAGAGGCGGAGAAUCAGAGAGUGACAACAUGAGCAUGGGGAGCCGGGGCAGUGCUCCCCACCUGUACGGGGUGCAGAGUCUGGCCGACAGCAAGAACAGCAUCACCAGCAGCAACUACCAUGGUGGACACUGGAGCGCGACGGAGAGUAGCCGUGGAGACGAUCUCCAUGACGACUCAGAAAACGAUAACAAUAGUAACUAUGGGUUCAGCCGCCAGGGGUCCAUGCAUUCCGGCCAUGAAAUGACCAGUCGUCUUGCGGCUCGGCAUGAAGAGGAUGCUGAUAUUGACUCUGCUGUCGACAGAUAUAUGAAGACAUCGCAGCAGGACGACUACGAUGAUCAGGUUUCUUCACCAGACAGUGAUGGUGCAUCCCUGGGCACACUGGAGUUCUCCCUGCUGUACGACUCGGUCAACAACGCCCUCUACUGUACCAUCGUCAGGGCAAGGGGUUUGAAAGCCAUGGACUCCAAUGGGUUGUCUGAUCCCUAUGUUAAGCUGCACCUCCUCCCCGGUGCCAACAAGUCCACCAAGAUGAGGACAAAGACAAUUCACAAGACUCUCAACCCAGAGUGGAAUGAAACACUCACAUACUAUGGCAUCACAGAGGAAGACUGUCUCAAGAAAAGUCUCAGAUUGUCUGUGCUAGAUGAGGAUGCAUUUGGGUUUGACUUCAUCGGAGAGACUAGAGUCCCACUGAAAAGGAUCAAGCCACAUCAGACGAGGCAGUGCAACAUCUACCUGGAGAAACAGCUGCCGCUGGAGAAAGAUGAUGAUCUGAUUGCUAUACGGGGCAAGCUACUGAUGUCCCUGCGAUACUCUACAUCAAAACAAGCUCUGGUUGUCCGCAUCAUCCGCUGUGCGGAGCUGGCAGCCUGCGACACUAAUGGCUACUCCGACCCCUAUGUCAAAGUCUACCUUAAGCCUGACAAGGACAAGAAAUCCAAGUUCAAGACUGCUGUAAAGAAAAGAACGCUCAAUCCAGAAUUCAACGAGGAGUUUGUGUAUGAGAUCCGCCACAACGAUGUGGCCAAGAAGACACUCGAGAUCACUGUAUGGGACAAGGACAUCGGCAAGGCUAACGACUUCAUCGGCGGAGUUCAGCUUGGCAUCAACACGAAGGGAGACAGGCUCAAGCACUGGUUCGAGACACUGAAGAACCCGGACCGAGAGUUCCGCCGCUGGCAUGUUCUGUCAGCCGAGUUGACCCCUGAGGUUUAUACAUGAUUAAGUUUUGUGCAUGACGUAGCACAGCCAUCAUUCCAGAUGAAUAUUAGAUGGCAUUCCGUUACCAUGACAACAUGGCCUUCAUGAACUUACAGCGCUUUCACAGUAGCCAAGGCUAGAUGCACACUUGAUGACCAUCUCUCGCUUGGAGUGGAGGACACAGGAUUGUCUCCCUUAGUCAUCAAGAAUUAGACCAUCUUCGCAGCAGUUACCUCUCCUGGAAAUUACAAUAUCAUGUUCAAUAUGAUAUUUUGAUUCGCUGUACGGUUACACAUAUUGUUUAUCAUUUAUCAUCAAGCAUUUAAGAAUUGUAAUAUUUAUUAAAUGUCCGGAAAAAGUGACCAUUUUGGGAUAUUUUUUUUUUAUACUUUCUCUUGCCAUUGAUCUCUGUAAUAGUUCAUUGAAGUUAAUGAAAGUUACAUAGUUAACAUGUAACAAUUUUCAAGUGCAUAAAUGUUUCAAAACGAUAUGAAACGGCCGUCAUCAACUUGCAUCUUUUACGGAAAGUGUGAAGUCAUGUGUUUUCUGUUAAUGCCAAGUGGUAGGGUCGUAACAGUGACGGCCGACUGAACCCUAGACACUGUUGUUAAGUCUGGAUGCUGUGCAGAUCAAGCAUGUCGUGUGUUCUGAUGCAGGGGGUGCUCAUCACACUGAUGUCACUCAUCCUGUUUUCAGCAGCAGGACAUUGUCUUUGUCUGCAUUGACAACAAACUGACCAUAUUUAGAAUUAUCUAUUGCAAGGAUUUAUCUAGGUCUGCCCAGAGGCCAGUAUUUGGACCCAAGUGUGUAGAAAGUGUCAGUUAAAAUUCAAAUGGGAUUUUGAAAUUUGACAUUUCCUGUUAAGAUAGUUGUAACUAUAGUGAAGGCUUUGUUCAGGUGACUUACAGGCCAAUAAUGAGGAAGAGUUUUUUAUAACAUAGCUUAACAUUAUUGCAUCAAAUGCAGUGUUAAAUAACAAUGUUAAGUACAUCUGAAAUGAAGAAAAGAGGAGCUUAAGACAAUCCCAGUUUUGAACAUCAUAACAAUUUUUUACCAAUUUGUCUGCCAAGGGCACCCAGUUUGGAAUUCUAGAUAAGUUCCUGCAACGUAUACCAAAGUCUGCUACUUUAACCAUUGGUCGGGAUGAGUGAACUUGAUUUGGGACAAAGUCCAUAUUUUUCAAUAAUAAUUAUAAUAAUAAUGAUAAUGGCACAGACUUUGUAGACACUGGGGUCCAAUCAGGGUUCAUGUUUUCAACAUAGAUCUGAAGAAUUAUAUAUUCUGUUUGAACUUAUUGAGCGAAAAAUGGACAAUAUUUUCAUCUUGUAGAUCUAAUAUUACCUGAAGUUCAGUGCUAAUAUUGAUAAUUUGCAUAUAUUAUUGUGGUAUUUAUCUGUCUCAAAAUAAAUGUCAUGUUAUUUUGAAAUGUUCACAAUACAUCUUUUAAGUGCGAUAUUUGAGAUGUUUUUCCCAGCUCAAUAUGUAGUAAUGUUAUCGUACAUUGUGUUAACAUACGCAGCAACUAACAUUUAUGUAGAUCUUUCAAGUAUUUGUGAGUUAAAUCAAUAUCCUUUCUGCAAUCAAAUUUGUUUUCUUAGUGGUUCUAAUGUCUCUGUGAAUUUGUUGUAGUGUUGAUGUCAGUCUUGGCUUGUUUAGGGGAGAAUCUUGAAUAUCUACAAUUAUCGGACCAGAGCUGUAUAAUGAAAUAGGUAUGACAUGGAGAAAGGAUGAUUGGUAACUGGUCUGAUACAAAUGAGAGACAUUCCUUGAAAUCCUGAUUUCGUACUUUUCGCUAACUCUCACUGUCAGUUAUAUUUGGAUGACUUGUUGUAUGUAAGGCAGUACUUUUUUUAUGAAUUGGUUUACAGAACUUCCAACUCUAAAAAAAAUGAAAAAUGGAAUAUUAUUUAGAUCUGAAUAGCGCUACUAUUAUUUUUAUUGAGAAUGCAGAGUUACGAGUUUACAAAAAUGUGCAUCAACUACAUAAAAGAACGUCAGAUGAGACUGGCUCAGUUAACUCGGCACACAGUUUAUAAUGUUUUAAAGAGCACAAAAAGUCAAAGGAUUUCUUUGUCUAUUCUCUUCCCACCAAGCAACCAGUAGUCCUUACAACAGCCUGAACACCAUGCAGUGAGACAGGUCCUGUCCUUGUUGACUUGAAGGUGAGAGAGGGUUCCAGGGAUACGGUCUCCAAAUCAGCCAGUACCAGAAUCUAACAGCCAUGUUUAUACUUAGCAAUUAAAAAAAACAUUAUUAUUGGAUAUCUUCAAAGAGAGCCACAAUUACUGAUAAGUAUUAAACAAGGCCACACAUAUUAUUUUAAAUAAAAUGAAAAAUAUUUUUUUCAUAUAUUAAUGUUAUAUUUCAUUAUUGAAUGUUUACAAUUUAUAAACAUCCACAUUGAAGUAAGAUAUAAUCAAGUCUUGUACAUGAAUGUUUGUUGUUUUCACAGGUUUAUUGUGCCAAUGUUUCAGUAAUUACAUUUUUAAAUUUUAGACAUUGUAUUACUGACAGCAUUUUACUGCUGUCAGGUUUAUGGUGAUGAAUUUGUUUUUGUCACUUGAAUAUGUACUUCUUUAACAUCUCAUGGUGAUAUUUAAUUUUUAAGAUAGCUGGAAUAAUAAGUAGAAGAAUGGUGUUUGCACGGUGUAGGCAGGAGUGAUAAGAUACAUGGUGUCACCUACACAAUAUCCAGUAAUGAUUACUAUAGGGAAAUGGUAUUGUUUUUUGUUUUUUAUUGUUGUUCGAAAACAAGUGUGAGACUAUCAAAAUAUUUCCUAAUCUUGAGUGGUUGAUUGUAUUGAAUUCUUAUAACUGAAGUCAAAUAUGAUUCAUGUAAAAGCUUAAUUGUGUUGGUUGGUGUGAUAUUUCAGAUGCGUGAUUUUCAUACAGAUUAUUUGGAAUAUUUGUCAUUUUCACUGUAAUAUGAAGCCAACAGGAAAAGUCUUUGUUUACUUUUUGAAUAUUGAAUCUCAAACCAGACAAAUAGUCUUGGGGGAAGUAGUCUACAGAUGAUUGUCACAGAUAACAGUGGCACAAGGAACAUUCUAUUGCCUCAAGUCUCGGUUGACAGUGUCACAAGUCACAUGUUUAGUCUCAAAGAAGGCAGUAUCAACAAAGGAGCAUUCACAUUUACCCAGAACACACCAUCACAUAAAACACUCUUGGUAUAUGUCUUAGGGAAAGUAGUAUCUACCUACCAAUGAUCAUUUUCAGACAACACAUGAAAGUGCUAUGUUUAAACCAUAAGGAAUAUAUUAUCUAAGAGAUUAGUAAAAAUGUCCUGCAGAGAAAAGAACUUAUCUAUCAGUCUUAAGGAAAGUAUUAUCUACACAGAUAAGUGACAGGUACACUAACUUGUGUCUUUUGGCAAUACAUUAUGGAAAAAUGAAAGCAUCACUGGAAUAAAGAAGCAAAAUUGAAUUAAUUACUUUUGAAACUUCACAAUUUGGAAGAACCCAUCCUGACCUGUUUAGGUAUGUGUUUAUAUACUUCCACAAUGUUAGAUUUACUUCUUAUCAUUGUUGACGUAAUUGUGAGUCCCAUUUGGCUGUCUGAUGCUACUCGACUACAAACCUGCAUUUACUUACUCUACUGUGUGGCACCUGGAUUGUUCUCCCAGGUGGGGAGAUGUCCGUGACAUGACAUACCUCAACAUACCACUCUGCGUUAGUCAUAGCAUGUAAUUUCAUUGAUCAUGAUCUGUGCCUCAUCUUCUCCAGGGGAAUAUUUUGGAUGUCGCACUGUAACAGGUGGGAACAUGACUUUGGAAUUAUUGGAAAGAUCCUUAAACAAAUGGAUAUUUAUGAAACUGAAGUCAAUUUGUUUUAAGAUUUGUAUAAAAUGGUCACUUACAGAAAUCUGUAAUUUAAGUUACAAUAUUUCUGUGUUUUUACACAAAUCUUAAGCUUCUAUAGACAUGAAUAAAUCACAACUUUGAAAUAGAUCUUUUUAGGGUAUUUUUAGCAUAUUUGUGUAAAUACUGUUGUAAUAUUGAAAAGUGGUCUUAUUUUUCUGCGCUAAGUCCUAAAUAUGUGCAUGAGGAAUAUUGGUGUCCUAUAAUUAUUUCCGUAUGUUCAAGAUGGACCAUUGUGUGUGCUUCAGGAAGGCAGUAGUUGUAUAUAGUGUCGGGGUGCGACGUCAGUGUCGGUGUUCAUGUAUGUUACUGAGGACAGUUCAAAUAUGAUGUUGAGAUACAAGUAUGUAGGCUUACAACCACAACUUUAUGUAAGGUAAACAAUGGGAGUUUGGUCACAAGACAACAAGUUUAUUGAUAAAUAUUUACGAUUUGCAUUUGUUAAGAUUUUGACAAAAAAUAUACUUUUGUUAUUCAUUAUUAAACAUUUUAAGUAUUACAGAUUCCAGGGUAAGAUCUUUGUAAUUAAAAAUGUCAAAGUAAAUCUUUAAUUUUUCUUCUUAGUCUAAAAUAUUCCAGGACAGAAAUGUUAUUGUGGUGACAAGGUGAGUGUAUUGAUAGAUACGACUAUUGAUAUGUAUGAAAAUAAUUGUUUGCACAAUCUUGUGAUAUUCAUUUGUGUUGUUAUUUUCCUGCCUUAAACAGGGUUGUGUUUCCAUGGCAACAUGCCUGAGUGGAUUCAUCGAGUCCUCUUGUCUUGUGAGACAUCUGUAUCAGGCUUUUGUAUGACUAAGUGCAAUUUCUCUCAUGUCAGUAUUUAGCACAGUCAGGAUCUGAUUUGUUAUAUUGUAGAUGUUUAUUAUCUGUUAUAAAGUCCUCUGUUUAACACUCUG